UCCUGUGUAGGCUGAGUGUGGUGUCCUGUGGAUGUACCAUCAUUGCUUUGGGCAUGCUGGUGGGUCUGGUUGGCCACCAGUGCAGCUGAACGUGAGCCCCACCUCAACAGUUGCAGAUGUGCUUCUGGCUGGAGCCGACCUGGAGUAGGAGCCACCUUGAGGGGAUGCAAGUCAUGGCUGAGUCCACCCACUGUGUGUGGAAGGGAAGGAGGCUCUUGUGGAGGAAUCCAGGCUCUUGGGGGGAAGCCAUUUUAGAGGAGCGUUGUGGGCAUGACUGGGUUGGAUGUGUGUGUUCCACAGGGAACUCAGAGAUAUAGCAAGGCAAGCAGUGCUAGGAAGGUAAGUGGGGAAUGUCAGAAAUGUCUCCCGCCAGCACUGGGCCAGCUGGCUACAGGGAGGAUUUUUCUAAAUGUCAUCAAUAUUGAUUUCAUCCCUAGAGGAAGUUGCAACAAAUCCUUGCCCCUUUGGCACUUGUCCUAAAAUUAGUCCAUAAUUCUCCUUCCCAUAUGACCCAUGCACUUUUCAAGCUGCUGCCUCUGAGCUGACAUUCAGCAUCAGUACUUUGGAACAAGCCUACUAUGCGAUAGGGCCCACAUGGGGUCUCAUUGAUAAGAUGGCUCUGUUGACCUCACAAGGAAUAAAUCACAGUGAUCUGUGAGAUUGAUCAAAUUACCCAAAUGGCAUCCUGUUGUCUCACCGGUGCCUAUCUUCUCAAAGCUGGGAGACCACCAGAUUCCAGACCUCUGGCUACAUGAUAAUCGCAUCAGAGAAUUUUCCAUUGGUGGGGUAUAAGAAGGACUCUGUUAGAAAGGGGGAAUGCUGGUUCUCCUUAAGAGCCAGUCACCCUCCUUUUCCCUCUAAUAAAUUUCCUUUUCUUGCCUGACUGCCCAGCUUACUCUCUUUUUCUCUGCACUCACCUUACAUUCUGGUGCCGAAACCUGGGAAGGAAAAUCCAUGGCCACUGGGUGGGCUCCUCUCAAGAGCCCACCUCCGGUGGUCCCCUCCCUUGGACCUUUCCGAGAAACCAAGACCAUCUCUGGGACAGGAUUCUUCACUUGCCUUGCUGGACUGACAUCCACAGACCGGCCCACUUUUCAUCCAUCGGUUACAAGGAGCUUCCCACCGGAUGUGGCCGACGAGGGGGACACGCCGUCCACCUCCUUGAGGGAGGGGUCGGAGCCCCACCCCCCUGCCUGUGAGGCCCAGUGCAGGGUCCAGGUGAGCGUGCCCAUGGAGGGGUCAGCCCAAGGGGCAGUGAAGAGCAAGAGGGGAAGGCCUCCCCAGAAACCACCCAGGACACACCGCGGGGCCCAGUCUCAGGCUGCUUCGCGGCUCAGCACACCUGGCUCCGACCCAGAGCCCCGAGCACCCCUCCCUCUGAGGCAGCACGAGGACCUGGAGCCCAGCGCGGCAGAGCACAGAGAGGUGCUUGCUGCAUGUGCAGGACCCAGGGAUCCACUGAGGGGACAUCGAGACCUGAUCCAUCCUGCCUCAAAGACACUGGACCAGCUGGUUCCUGGCCACCACACUGGGCAGAUCGGACCUCUGUGCCUGCAGGACGCCCAGCCCCAGGCACCGAUGUCCCUCCCCUUCGGCCCAAACGUCCACCUCCACCUGCACCUGCACCUGCUCGGGCUUUGGCAGGAGAACCCGACCUGCCCUUGGCACCAGCCGAGGGAGCAGAUCUGCUUCUCGUCCUCUGGCCCCACACCACCCCCUCGUGAAGGCGGCUCAGGUGGCAUCCUGCCCCGCCUGCCUGUCUGA